CACCGUCUCACUUUUCCCCUUUUCCACCGAAACAGGUCCGGAAGUAUCUGCUCCUCCUCGACAUACGGAAGGACCACGUCAAAUUCUGGCGGCCCCAAAUCCUCCUUAUGGUGGCCAACCCCCGGGGCAGCUCCCAGCUCAUGAAGUUUAUCAACCACCUCAAGAAAGGGGGCCUCUUUGUCCUGGGGCACGUGGAGAUCGGGGACCUUGACACGAUGCCCUCCGACCCCAUCCAAGCCCACUACAAUUUCUGGCUGAGCCUAGUGGACAAGCUGAGCAUCAAGGCAUUCGUGGACCUCACCCUCUCGCCUUCGGUCCGCCAAGGGACACAGCACCUCCUCCGGAUCACCGGCUUGGGAGGGAUGAAACCCAACACUUUGGUCCUCGGCUUCUACGACGACUGCGUCCCGGAGGAUUACUUCCUGCAAGACCCGGCCUUCAGCCAAGCGCGGGAGAACGACGAGUUCGGCGUGGACCUGCCGGCCCUCCAGGCCCACUUCCCACCGGUGAGGGAGGUAUGA